GGAGACAAGGCCAGACAGCAUUGACACGCAAAAGAGAGUCAAAAAGUCGAGACGAGACAGAUGUCUCAAUCGCACUUCGUCACCAACCCGUUCAGCACCAACGGUGGCGGCAGCGUCAACCGCAUCGACGAAGAGGAAGAGAACGUAGCCUCGCCCACAGACCCCGUCAGGCUGGGUGAUAGGGCUGCCAACACCGUCAGACAGCCCCGAAGCACACACACGAACAGCUCAGGACCGGGAUCGGGAGGCAUGUUUGGGUCCAGCGGCCCCUUUGGCGCCAGCCAGGGCGGCUCCUCUUCCGCCAGCGGGUUUCCAAGCAACUACUCGCUGGGCCGUCGUACCUCCGUCUCAGCCGAAUCUCUCAACCCAACCUCUUCCGGCACCGACAGCUGGACCCCCCCGCACCACCCAAAGACCCCGGCCCAGCUCUCCCGCCUGCAGGCCGCGGUCUCGUCCAACUUCCUCUUUGCCCACCUGGACGACGACCAGUUCAAGACCGUGCUCGACGCCCUGGUGGAGAAGCCGGUGCCGGCCAAGGACAUCAAGGUCAUCACCCAGGGCGACGCGGGAGACUUCUUCUACAUCGUCGAAUCGGGCCAUUUUGAUAUCCACAUCCACCCGUCCGGCACCGCCCAGCCAGGCGGACACGCCGGGCUGGGUGCAAAGGUCGCCUCCAUCGGCCCCGGGGGCGCAUUCGGCGAGCUGGCGCUGAUGUACAACGCCCCCCGAGCCGCGACCGUCAUCUCCACGGAGCCGUCUACCCUCUGGGCCCUGGACCGCAUCACCUUCCGCCGUAUACUCAUGGACAGCGCCUUCCAGCGUCGACGCAUGUACGAGGCCUUCCUGGAAGAAGUGCCCCUUCUCUCCUCCCUCAAGCCCUACGAACGCUCCAAGAUAGCAGACGCCCUGGACACCAUCAAGCGCCCCAGCGGGGCCACCAUCAUCGCCGAAGGGGAGCCCGGCGAGUCCUUCUACCUGCUCGAGUCCGGCGAGGCGGUUGCCUACAAGUCUGGCAUCGACGGCCCGGUCAAGGAGUACAGACGAGGCGACUACUUUGGUGAGCUGGCUCUGCUGGAUGACAAGCCCAGACAGGCAACCGUCGUGUCCAAGACGGAGGUGAAGGUCGCCAAACUUGGUCGAGACGGCUUCAAGCGGUUGCUUGGGCCGGUCGAGGAGAUCAUGAGGAGAAAGGACUACGGGACCGCCAGCGCUACCGAGUCGGAGGCGGGCACCAGGGAGAAGGACGGCACUUGA